UAUAACGGUAUAUCAGAAACCCAGCAUACCUCUCUCCAUCAAUCGUCGGCGCGAACUUUCCUCGAAGUAACCGAGUCGCACGCAACUCGAUCUUCAGAUCACGACAGUCUCACUCAAGCAUGACCACUGUUCCUCUUAACGGUACCGUCGGGAUCAUCACGGGCGCUGGCACCCCCUCUGGAAUCGGCCGAACCGCCGUUCUCCAAUACGCCGCGGCAGGCGCCAAGACCAUUUACGCAUGUGAUCUCCUCGAGGAGCACUUUCCUAGCCUUGUUGAUCUCGUCAAACAAGCCGGACAUGAGACCGCUGUUGUUGGAGUCAAAGUUGACGUGACCAAGUCUGAGGAUUUGGAGAGGCUCGUCAGGCAGAUUAUCGGGGAACAAGGGAGGUUGGACUGGUUGUUCGCCAACGCCGGAGUGGUCGAUUUCGAACCUUUCGGUAGCACUACCGAACAGAACCUCCAAAGAGCCUUCAACAUCAACACUAUCGGGGUAUUCAACUCGAUUCAAUGGGCCGCUAGGGGGAUGAUGAAUACUUGCCUGUUCAAACCUGAAGCUGGCGGGUCGAUCGUUGUUACCACUUCCCUAGCCUCCACCUUCGGAGGGAUGGGUUCCCCAGCUUAUACCGCCUCCAAGUACGCUGCGGUCGGGAUCUUGAAGAGCGCCUGUGCGCAGUUCAAAGCGAGCAAAGUGCCUAUCCGGGUCAACGGGAUCGCUCCGGGUGCAGUGACCACUAGUAUUACGGAGAACGCCAUGAAAGCCGGAGCCAUCUCCGGGGCGACCAUGCAAGUCCUCGUCGAAAAGAGCCAAUCCGUCACUCCCGAAUUCUACGCCAACGUCGCCCCUCCCACCGAGAUCGCCGACGUCGCAGUCUUUCUCUGCAGUCCCGCUUCGGUCGGUGUCAACGGUCAGAACAUCGUCGUCGACAGAGGCUCGAGGGAGACGGUCGUAGAGAUGAGCGGGGUCUUCAGUUUGGUCCCUCCCGUUCCGAUCUGAGCGGGCGUUGAGAUAAAGGAGGAUACUGUAGUAAAAGCUCGAGCGUGCUUCUCUGUUGUAUUGAUUAGACGUCUUUUGUCCUGAAACGACCGGUUACUUGAUAUCAUUCCUCUCUUUCCUAC